AUGGUAGCCGGCUCUCCCGUGAGCACCAGUGAGCUGACGCUCGACUUGGUGAGCCCGCCAGUCGAAGCGGACGCGCCUCUGGAUGAGCGCGACAUCGAACUGGUGCAGACAACCUUCGCCAAGGUGGCGGAACUGGGGGCUGGGCCGGCCGGUCGCAUCCUUUUCGGGCACAUCUUCCGCAUUGCGCCAGAGGCCAAGGCUCUCUUCAGCUUUGCCCAAGACGAGGAGACCAUGUGGCUGCCCGGCAGUCGACUUGAGAAGCACGGCGCGGGGGUGGUGAAGAUGGUGAGCACAGCAGUGAGCCUGUUGCGGGACUUGGAGACCUUGGUGCCGGUGCUUCAGCGAUUGGGCUUGCAGCACGUCGGGUACAAGGUGCUUCCGCCACACUACGACGUGGUGGGAGCCGCCUUCAUUGCCACCCUGGAAGAGGCGUUGCAGACAGAGUUCACUGAGGCGGUGAAGAAUGCCUACCUCAAGGUCUGGAAGAUUGUCCAGGCCACAAUGAUGGGCGAUAACUAUGCCAAGUGA